AUGGGAGCUUGCUUGGCCGGAGAAUACCUGCGAAGUUCCGCGCUGGCCGCAGGAAAGGCUAAAAAGGAAAAAAUAGGGAAGCUUUUUCUGGAACUUACGGGGAUGGACAUGGGGCAUGAAAGUAAGAGUGUUUGUGUAUGUAUGGAUGUACGUGCGUACGGUAAUUACGGUAAGGAGUUCAAGGACAAGAAGCAGCAGGACGAAGCCGGAGGAAGAACAAGAAGACAGUUAGAGAGCAAGACAAGAGGGAAGAGAAGUCAAGACGAGAGCCAAGUUCAACGGCAACGGCGAGGUUAUGCAGUCAUCUCUCCCCGUCUCCGCGGUCUUGGGGGUUCGAACCAGAGAUGA